UAUGCUUUGAACACUAAAAAUGAUGAACAUGAAGCUGCUAUCCAAGCCCUUAAGGAUGCUCAUGAAGAAGAAAUUCAACAAAUUCUUGCAGAGACCAGAGAUAAGAUCUUACAGUACAAAAGUAAAGUUGCAGAAGAAAUGGAUCUCAAGAGAAAGAUCCAGGUUUUAGAAGAGUCACUGGAAGAUCAUAAAAAGAUGAAACAUCAGGCCUUGACAGAAUUUGAAGCCUAUAAGGGUAGAGUUGAAGAUAUGCAGCUUUGUGCAGAAGCUCAGCAUGUUCAACGUGUAGUGACCAUGUCAAGAGAAGUAGAAGAGAUCAGAAAGAAAUUUGAGGAAAGGCUGCGAAGCUUCAUACAGUUACAAGUGCAGUAUGAGAAGGACAAGCGUACAGCUCUGGAAGACUUGAGAGCUGCCCAUAGACUUGAGAUUCAAGAGCUUCUGAAGACUCAACAGAGUCAGAAUGCUACUUUAAGUAAGGGACAAGAAAAACUAGAGGAAUUGCAUAGACUGGAGUUGGAAGACUUGAACAGUAAAGUUGAAGAGUUAAGGCUGGAAAGAAAAAAACUCAUUGAGGACUAUGAAGGCAAACUCAGCAAAGCACAGUCCUUCUAUGAACAUGAACUUGAUUCUUUGAAAAGAUCUCAGCUUUUUACAGCAGAGAGUCUACAUGCUUGCAAAGAAAAAGAAGCUGAGCUAAGAAAAGAAUUUCAAACCCAGGAAAGUAUAUUACGGAAGAACCUGGGAAAGCUUAAAACUGAAUUGCAGAUGGUCCAGGAUGAAGCUGCCAGUCUACGGGAAAAAUGUCAAAAACUUCAGGUGGCUCUUGGUACAGCAGAAAACAAUGUUCAGGUUCUUCAAAAACAGCUAGAUGAUGUGAAGGAGGAGGAGAUGUCACUGUUAAGCAAACACAAGGAAGUGGAAAGCGAGUUGGCAGCUGCUAGAGAGCGCUUACAGCAGCAGGCCACUGAUCUUGUUCUCAAAGCCAGUCACAUUGGAAUGCUUCAAGCUACUCAAAUGACUCAAGAAGUUACAAUCAGAGAUUUGGAAUCAGAAAAGUCUAGAUUAAAAGAAAAACUAUCCCAACUGGAAGAAGAAAGAAACUUAUUACAAAGCAAAACACAAAGUCUGGAUGAGCGACAAAGGCAGCAAAUUCUGGCCUUGGAGAAGAAAGUAAAUGAAGCAAGGGAGACACAGCGUGAAUAUUACGAGAAGGAGCUUGUAAAAUUGCAAGCAAGGUUGGAAGGAGAGGCUGCACAGUUAAAGGAGGCUCAUUCCAAGACCUUGGAAGAAUUGGCAUGGAAACAUCAUACUGCAAUUGAGGCUGCACACAGUAAUGCUAAUAAGGAUAAGAAAAAACUGCAGAUGGAGUUGGAGCAGCAGUUUGAGAAGGAGAAACUGCAUUUGGAGGGUGAUAAGAAUCAGCUCCGACAGCAGCUGGAAAACCUGAAGGAAGAGCUGACAACGAAACUGACUUCUGCCAACCAGGAGGUGUGUCGUCUGCAAGACCUAGUACGAAAAAGUGAACAGGGCCUUGGUACUGCAGAGGGACAUAUCUCCAGUCUUCAAGAAGCUCAAGAAAUACUCCAGAAAGAGCUAGAAUUGACUAGAGCAAGACUGAGAGAGACCACCGAUUCAUUGUAUAGUGUUGAGGGUGAACUAGAUCAGGAGAGACAACAGCACGAGGCAAUGAUUGCUGCCAUGAGAGAAGAGGAGAAGUUCAAAGUUGACAGAAUGGCUCGUGACUUGGAAAUAAAGUGGACAGAAAACCUUCGGCAAGAAUGUAAUAAGCUUCGUGAAGAGCUGAGGCUCCAGCAUGAAGAGGAUAAGAAGGCAGCCAUGACUCAGCUGUUGCAGCUGAAAGAACGUGAAAAAAAUGCAGCAAGGGAUGGAUGGCAAAAAAAAGUGGAAGAUCUUUUAGACCAGAUCUCCUUACUGAAACAGAAUCUGGAGAUGCAGCUUUCCCAGUCUCAGAGCUCUUUGCAACAGCUACAAGCCCAGUUCAGUCAGGAGCGACAGAGGCUGACUCAGGAGAUCCAGGAAUUAGAAGAGGAGCAUCAGCAAAGGCAUAAGUCACUUCAGGAAGCCCAUAUCCUUGCCUUUCAAAACAUGGAAGAAACAAAAGAGCAAGAACAAAAGGAAUUAGAAGAACGUUUACAACAAAAACAUUCAGAAGAACUUCAGGCACUGAAAGAAACACAUAAACAAGCCAUGGAAGGUUUCAAAUUGGAGAUGGAACAGGAACUUCAGACUCUACGAUUUGAGCUGGAGGAUGAAGGAAAAGCUAUGUUAGCUUCCUUGCGCUCUGAGCUAAAUCAUCAACACGCAGCAGCAAUUGACCAGCUCAGGCACAACCAUCAACAAGAACUGGUAGCUGCCAAAAUGGAGCUUGAAAGAAGCAUAGAACUCGGCAGGCGACAGGAGAAAGAAUUUUUGUGCCGAAUAUCAGAUCUCCAAGAUGAACUGAAUCACCGAGACCAUCAUAUAGCUGAACUGGACAAAGAGAUUCUACAUCUUCAUGAAAAUAUAAGUGCAUUGACUAAGGAAUUAGAGUUUAAAGGGAAAGAAGUUCUUAGAAUACGAAGUGAAUCCAACCAACAGAUCAGGAUGCAUGAGCAAGAUUUAAGCAAGAAACAUGAGAAAGAGCUGGAUGUCUUGACAGCAGAUCACAUCAGAGAGAAAGAAAGCAUGCUGGCAGAUUUUAAUAAGACCCAAGAGCUGCUCAAGGAAAUUAAUUCAGCUUUACAAAUUUCUUUAGAAGAAAUGGAGGAAAAAUAUAAAAACAGAGAAUCAAGACCAGAAGACUUGCAGCUUAUCUCAGAACUGAAAGACCUAAUUGCAGAGCGGGACCAACUCAUAAAGAAAUUGAUUGAGGACAAAAAGUUCUAUCAGCUGGAGCUAGUUAACAGGGAGACUAACUACAACAAAAUCUUUAAUGCAAGCCCUAAUGUUGGUGUUAUUAAUCCGUUGGUGAAGCAAAAGAAGAAGAACGAUAAAUCAACAAACAGGUUUGUGAGUGUCCCCAAUCUAAGUGCUGUGGAAUCUAGCGGAGUGGUGGGCAAUGGACAUCCCAACCGCCUGGACCCCAUUCCUAACUCACCCAUCCACGAUAUUGAGUUCAACAGCAGCAAACCACUACCACAGCCAAUGCCACCCAAAGAGCCCAAGACGUUUUUGAGCCCUCCUCAGACUGACGCUUCACCAGAGGCUUCACAGGAUCCACAGCGCCAGGAGUGGUUUGCCCGGUACUUCACGUUCUGAGAGAUGAUUUGUCUUUGUGGCACAGCGUGAUGUGGACUGUUCAUAAGAGCAUGACCUUAAGUAAACCCUCAUGUGAACAAGCUUUCCUGUAAUUUGUCAAACACUGUGAAUGAGAAAGUAUUUGUCUUUCUGAUUUGAAACUGCACUGUAUUUCAUGUUAUAUUUGUUGGAAUCACUUGACAUGGUACUAUAUAAUGUGCGUAAUUAUAACUAUUAUUUUUAUUUAAAAUGGAAGAAUCUUUAAACUUUGUAAUUACUACAUAAUAAAUUUUGGUAGAAC